CCAGCGCUGAGCCUGUCUGCCAGCAGCUUCAGCAGCGGCUCGAGCUGGAUUCUGUUACGCUCUCACACACAGGAGGCCCCCUUUUUUUUUUCUUAUUUCCGAGGAUUAUUCUUCACCAUGGGCGACAAAAAGAGCCCUACCAGGCCAAAAAGACAAGCCAAACAGACCGCCGACGACGGAUACUGGGACUGUAGUGUAUGCACAUUCAGAAACACUGCCGAGGCUUUCAAAUGCAGCAUCUGCGAUGUGAGGAAGGGCACAUCCACAAGGAAACCCAGGAUCAACUCCCAGCUGGUGGCCCAGCAGGUGGCUCAGCAGUACCCGAUGCCUCCUCCACCCAAGAAGGAGCGAAGGGAGAGGAGUGAGCGCACGGACAAGGAACGCCCAGAUGGAGAAGGUGAAAGUGCCAAUGGAGAGGGACGUCCUGAAGUGGAGCGUCCAGAGACAGUGAGGCCAGAGGGAGACAUCCCUGAGAAAGACCAGAGUGAACAGGAACUGCCAAUCAAAGACAAACCUGACAGAGAGAAGGACAUCAGCCCGGCCGUCACAAAGAAGCCCAGCAGCAAAAAGACCAGACCCAAAUCAGACAACCAUCAGAGCCCCGUCAGUGACAAACACAGCAUACAGUCUGGAAAAUCAGCAACCAAGACCAACAAGAACUCGCACAUUUCCAGGCCCAAACUGAAGAACAUCGACCGAAGCACCGCCCAGCAGUUGGCCAUCACUGUAGGGAACGUGACAGUGAUCAUAACAGACUUUAAGGAGAAGACCCGUUCAUCCUCCACGUCCUCGUCCACCAUCACGUCCAGUGCGGGCUCGGAACAGCAGCACCAGAGCUCCGGCUCAGAGAGCAUGGACAAAGGCUCGUCACGUGCCUCCACCCCUAAAGGGGAUCUCUCUGUGGGGCACGAUGAGUCAUUCUAAGGUCCCGCCCUCUUUCUCAACUUUGCCCUGCUACGCCUCCUUUCCCUGUGUUUCUGGACACUUUGGAGCCCAGAGGGGGACACGUGUUGUCUUUGCCUUUGUUGCCCUGCUUCCAUUCCACAGCCACCCCUGGAUGCUGAGAGGAGCAGCGUGUUGCACCCUUCGUCAAACUAAACCUCCUGCUCAAAGACCUUCUUCGUGGUUCCACCUGUGUCGCAAGCAAAGAGAGCGGGCCUGCAAACAGUCCCCGCCCCCACGGUAGCAUCUAGACACUUGUAUGUAUUGUUUUAUAUUUGUACGUGGAAGUGAGGCCAAGUUGAC